AUGAAUUCUGAGGGAGUGCACGCGACUUUGGGUACAUCUGGUAGCGGAAAGCUGCGUCUGUGGCUGAUAGAACAGGUAGACUCAGGAAAGUAUCCGGGACUUGUGUGGGAGAACGAGGAGAAGAGCAUCUUUCGAAUCCCAUGGAAACACGCAGGCAAACAGGACUAUAAACGCGAAGAGGACGCCGCGCUUUUCAAGGCCUGGGCACUUUUUAAAGGCAAAUUCCGAGAAGGCAUUGACAGACCAGAUCCACCCACAUGGAAAACGCGCCUACGAUGCGCACUCAACAAGAGCAACGAUUUUGAGGAGCUCGUGGAACGGAGUCAACUUGACAUAUCUGAUCCUUAUAAAGUUUACCGAAUCAUUCCAGAGGGAGCCAAGAAAGGGCAUAAAUCACAGGACAUCACCCCCACUCACACAAGUCCUAAUGGCUAUUCCUACCACCAGUCCUACACACCACAGCAGAGUCAGGGCAAUAACUUCUUCUCACCAGUGGAGCGUAACUGGAGGGAGUUCUUGCCAGAUCAGAGUCCAGUCUCAGAGUUCACCUGCAACCAAAACCCAUUCACUCAACGCUGGGACCAUGGUUAUCAGAUCAGUGGUUCUUUCUACAGCUGUAAUGCAUCAGAUCCACAGCCUUCAUCCUUCAGUCUGGAGUCCAGCAUGCGAUCAGCUGAGGCUAUGGCCCUUUCAGAUUGCCGGUUACAGGUGGCAGUGUUUUACGGGGGCAUGCUGAUGAGAGAGACUACUGUGGGGAAUGCAGAGGGCUGCCGAUUGGCCCCCUGUGAAGAGGGGCGUGUUUAUGGGACCCCUGGUGGUCCAGAGCUAGUAGCACUGCCGUACAGUGAGUCCGGGACGCUGGAACGAGGAGUCCUUCUCUGGAUGGCACAAGACGGACUUUACGCCCUUCGCCUUUGCACUCGCCGGGUAUACUGGGAGGGAGGUCACUCACCUUACGUUGACAAACCAAGUAAACUGGAGAGAGAGAUGCCCACGAAAGUCCUGGACACUCAACUUUACCUCACAGAAUUGCAGGGCUAUGCUCUGCUAGCACGCCCUCCCCCUCGGUGCCAGGUGACGUUGUAUUUUGAAGAAGAGUACAUGGACCCCCUGCGAGAGAGGAAGAACCUGACGGUGCAGGUGGAGCCGUUGUUUGCCCGUCAGCUCCUCCUUUUCACACAGCAGAGCAGCGCAAGCUAUAUUCGCAGCCAUGACCACCCACCUCUGUCUUCUGACCACAUGAUCCUGCCAAACCAAGACUACCACAGGGUCAUCCCUCAUCACCAUAGCAAUGCCAUGCAGGACUGA